AUGAAAGUUUCUACUUUAUUUCUUUUGCCAGUGAUGGCUAAUGCUAUCAAUUUCCCAAGACACAAAUUCCUUAUUGAUAAUAUAAAUCUAGUUAGAGCUGAUGCUACAUACGUUAAAAAAAAUAUUGCUGAUAAAUGCUCCGAUGGCAACCAUAUCAUUGGCACCGCUAAUGACUUGAGAAGUCUAGCAAAUGACUGCACCGAAGUAAAAGGCUCCAUUGAAAUUUCAAGCUCCUACAGAGACUCUGAGAUUGAUUUUUCUAGCAUUAAGGAAGUUGAUGGGAGUAUUAAAAUUUCUGAUUCUUCUUCUGUCGUUUCUGUCAGUGGUAAUCAUUUAGAAAAGGUUGGAGGUUCUUUUGAAAUAAAGAACUUAACUUCGUUAGUAUCUGUUAGUUUAGAUAAAUUGAGUGACGUCCAGGAAAUUGAGUGGAACAUUUUACCAUUGUUAAACUCACUUUCAUUGAACAAAGAUAUUAAAAAUUUGAGAAAAAUUAGCAUCUCUGACACAGCUCUUUCAAAUAUAAAUGUCUUCUCUAACAUUAAAGAAUUGGACAUACUUAAUGUUAAUAACAAUAGAUUCUUGGAAAGAAUUAAUUCAAAUGUGGAAAAGAUCAAUAAAAAAUUUAGUAUCCAUGCCAAUUCAAAAGAACUGGUGCUGGAAAUGAAUGAUUUACAUUCAGUUGGUGACAUUUCUAUUAGAGAUCUGUCUUUGAUUAAUUUCCCAAAAUUAGAAUAUGUCAAUAAAUCGAUGGAGUUUAUUGAAAAUUCAAUGAAAUCCAUAGAGAUUAAAAAUCUUAAAGCUGUGGAUGGCACUGUAGGAAUUAUUGAUAACGAUAAUCUUGAAAAAGUUGAUUUAAAUGAUCUCGAAAAUAUUGAUGGUGCUUUGAUGAUUUCCAAUAAUACCAAUCUAAAAUCCAUUAACUUUUUCAAAAAUUUAAAGCAAAUUGGUGGAGCUAUAAGGUUUGAAGGUAAAUUUAGUGAGACUGAUUUCCCAAAUUUAAAACUUGUCAAAGGAAGUGCCUUUAUUAACAGUAAAUCAGACAGCUUCGAUUGUGGCACAUGGGUAGCUACAAAAAAUGGACGUUCAUUCAUUAGAGGUGGCAAAAUUCAAUGUACUUCAGAUAAAAAGGAAAGUCUUGUAAAUUUGACUGACGAAGGUGAAGUGCUUGAUACCAAAACAUCAGAAAAGGAUGAUUUCCAAGAAGAUACUACAAACAAAACGACCGGUUCCUCCCCUACGACAGCAACUUCUUCGAAACAGAAAGAUAAGACUAAAAAGACAAGCGAUGGCCUUUCCUUAAAACCAACUACCAAAGUAAGAUUGAUUAUCUGCACAUGUUUAAUCCUGUUCAAGAGUUUAUAUUGA